UAGCCAACUCGACUCUUCUCAGUCGACACUAUAGGAAUUGGAUCCCAAAACAGAACAUAUAUAAUGGCGCCGGUGAAUAAUUCAACCGGGUCCGCUUGGAACUCGAGUGAUGAAGUGAAACAACAGCACGAAGAAUUGCUCUGCGUUGACGGAAUCAUUCUUCCGGCCUGGAUGCCGCUGCAGAACGUGAGCACGGGCGUUGUGGCAUUCCGUGGAAUUAUUUACAUCGCUUCCCUGAUUUACCUGUUUGUCGGAGUGGCCAUUUUGGCCGACAAAUUCAUGGCUUCCAUCGAGAUGAUUACGUCGAAGAAGAAAGUAGUCAAAGUCAAAGAUGAAAAUGGCAAGACCCAAACGGUGGUGGUCCGGGUGUGGAACGAAACGGUCGCCAAUUUGACGCUGAUGGCCCUCGGUUGUUCCUGCCCGGAGAUUCUUUUGUCCAGCAUCGAAAUUAUCGGUAAAGGCUUCGAAGCAGGUGAAAUGGGUCCGGGAUCGACAGUGGGCAGUGCGGCUUUUAACCUGUUCGUCAUUAUAGGCGUUUGCAAUUGGGCCAUUCCGGACGGCCAGGUGCGUAAAGUCAAGCGGGUCUCCGUGUUUUUAGUCACGGCAGCUUGGUCGAUUUUCGCCUAUCUGUGGCUCUACUUGAUCACGGCCGUCAUAUCGCCGGGCGUGAUUGAAGUCUGGGAGGCACUCGUCACUUUCGCUUUUUUCCCCAUGACGGUCCUGUCCGCCUACGUGGCCGACCGACACGUCCACAUUUACGACUACAUUUCAAAGACUUACCGCAUGGGUCGAAACGGUGUCAUCGUCGAAAUGACCACCGACGAGGCCGAAGUCGUCAACUCGGAACCCAACGACCGAAUCAGCAAUUGCUUCAAAAAAUUCGCCGAAGAGACUGAAAACGAAGAAAUUCGUGAAUUCGAGAAUCACCGACGGGCGUUCAUCAUUCUUCUGAAGAAUUUGCGGCGCAAGUAUCCCAUGCUGAAAUCCAAUCAGCUCGAAUUAAUGGCCACCAAAGAGAUGCUCAAUCGAGGAUCCAAGAGCAAAGCUUUCUACCAAGUGCUGGCCUCCAAGAUGCUCACCGGUCGUGUAGUCGAGCACUCAUCCCGCCGACCCAAAUUGAAUCUGACGGAACUCUUUCAAGAAUUCCAUCCGUCCAGCACCUCGCCGGCCGUUCAGCCGCGGAAUAUUGACCGGCAAAUAACCAAAGUCUUUUUCAGUCCCGCUCACUACACCGUCAUGGAAAAUGUCGGCCAGUUCGACGUGACGGUUGUCAGGGAGGACGGCGAUUUGGAGAGACUCGUGUUCGUCGAUUACACGACGGAAGAUGGCGAAGCCACGGCGGGAAAGGACUUUGAAGUCAACCGUGGAACCAUUUGUUUUGAACCAGGAGUUACUUCACAGACCAUCUCCAUUCGAAUUAUUGAUGAUGAUCUCUACGAAGAAGAUCAACAUUUUUACAUUCGGCUGUUGAACAUUAGGACAGGCAACCGGUUCGAAUACCUUUGCGGGAAAGGUGAAAUUGCGGACGACGCUUAUUUGACAACGGUCGAGAUUCACGGCGAGAUUGCGCCAUCCUAUUCCAUGACGUUGGAUGUUGAAAAUUUCGGAGAUACGGCUCCGCCGCGGUAUUCUGUCACUGCCCGCGAAAUCCUCAGCGCUUUGAAGUCAAAUAAAAACCUGAGAAGACCUUCGUGGUUUCAUUACGACGAGAGCGACGGGGAACUCUCCACAACGGGAGAUGACGACGUUUUCGUCGAUGCCGUGUCUCAAUUCGACACCAGCACCAUCGACGAAAACGAUCAGGAUUUUCAGGGAAAUCGAGUUAAAUGCUCCGAUUCAAAUAAGGGAAUAGCCAAUAAUGAUGCGAUGACUUUGUCGCCGUCUCAAACGACUUUGGUGACUUCCGUUUCAUAUUCAUCCGGACGCGUUAGCCUUACCAAACUGAAAUCCGAUAAAACUGAUCGUAAAAGAUCUGUAGAAUUUUUCUCGGAACGCGAGUCCUCCAAUAAUUCAGACAGCGAAGAUGAUUCGUGUACUGACGUCCAAAAAAGAGGCAAUCAAAUAGGACAACAUUCCCAUUUACGUUUGAUUUGUCCUUCAAUGGCCACAGUGAUGAUACUGGAUGACGACCAUCGCGGAAUCUUUAGUCUCUCGGAGCGCAGUGUUUCCCUCACGGAAACGGUUGGAACUCACGUGAUGUUGAUUGUCCGAAUCGGAGGAUCUCGCGGCCGAGUGGCAAUAACUUAUCGAACAGAAGAAGGUACAGCUAAGCCAAAUAGAGAUUACCUGCACUCUCAAGGUGAAAUCAUCUUCGAAGAUGGCGAAACCGAGAGACAUGUACUAAUUCAAAUUAUAGGAGAAAGCCUGUACGAAAAAAAUGUUUUUUUCUAUUUCACCAUUGGAGAGCCAAAAUCAAUCAAAGACGGAGACUCAGACGAGAGUAUUGAUGACUUGGAGGAACUCAGCAUGCGUGAAUACAGCCAACUUUCCGAACAACAACGAAUUGCGCUAAGAGGUCGCGCCCAACUCGGAGAAGUUACCACGACAGUUAUCCAUCUCAAAGAAAGUAAACAAUUCAAAAAAACUGUUGACAAAAUGGUGUCGAAGGCUAACAAAUCUUUGAAACGCGGAACGUCUUCUUGGCUACAACAGUUUAUCGAUGCCGUCCAUAUGGAGGAAGAAAAUGAAGAAGCUGCUGGUGAUGGAACUGCCGUCGCAGAAGUGGCCACUGUUAAAAAUAAAAAAUGGAAAGAGUACACUACCCAUGCAAUUACAGUAUUUUGGCGAUUGGUUUUUGCUGUAAUUCCUCCUGAAUGUAUGGGUGGUGGUUACCCGUGCUUUUUCUCGUCGGUGGUCUGCAUUGGAAUAAUGACGGCGUUGAUUGGUGAUGUUGCUUCUCAUCUGGGUUGCACAGUUGGACUUAAGGACAGUGUUACCGCUCUGGCUUUCGUUUCUUUAGGAACCAGUCUCCCAGAUUUGUUUGCUAGCAAAGUGUCGGCCGUGCAAGAUGAACAUGCCGAUGCGUCAAUUUCCAACGUGACAGGAGCAAAUGCCGUUAACGUUUUUCUUGGCAUAGGAGUCGCUUGGUCACUUGCAGCAUUCCACCACUCAUACAACGGCACAGUAUUUCAUGUCGAAGCUGGAACAUUGGCGUUUUCUGUCACGCUCUACUGUGUUAUGGCAAUAAUUGCAAUCGUAUUGCUGUCCGUUCGGCGCUGUGAUGCUGUUGGAGGAGAAUUAGGUGGCCCCAUGAAAUACAAACUGCCCACUACAGCUCUUUUGAUCGGGUGUUUUAUUCUUUACAUCCUUCUUUCAUCGAUGGAAUCCUAUGAAAUAAUUAACGGAUUUUAAAGCCUGUUAUUAUUUUUUUUUCAUUAUUUUUUUCAAUUUUGUUAAGUAGUACGUUGACCGUUUGUUAUUUUUUAAUCUGUUGCUACAAAAAUUGGGGUCGUUGGACCGUGGAUUGGGCUCUGAAAAUGUACCUUAUGACACGA